AUUGUUGUGAUAAACUUAUUAAAUAGAUCAAGCUGCAGAUUUCGCUGGUCUGAAUUCGCGUCAUAAACUGAAGUCGUGAGUGAGAAGAAAUGUCUCAGAAACGGAGAGUAGCAGUAGACGCCCCCACCUCAUCAUCCUCAUCAUCGGGGGCAAAGAUCCUCAAGUAUGAAGAUAUAGUGGGCGGGGCAGCUGCCCAAGUUCCAAACAGGAACCCCUACAAUAAUUCAAUAUUCACCCAGAGGUAUCUGGAACUACUGGCGAAGAGAAAAAAGCUGCCAGUUUGGGAGUAUCAAGAAAAGUUUAUGAGUAUCCUGAGGUCAAACCAGUGUCAUGUAUUAGUGGGUGAAACUGGAAGUGGUAAAACUACUCAAAUUCCACAAUGGUGUGUGGACUUCAUGCGCUUCUCCACCAAGAAGGGAGUGGCAUGUACGCAGCCUCGAAGGGUGGCCGCCAUGAGUGUGGCUGCGAGAGUGGCUGAGGAGAUGGAUGUCGUGCUCGGACAACAAGUCGGAUAUUCCAUUCGAUUCGAAGACUGUUCGGGACCCCAAACGUUGCUUAAAUACAUGACUGACGGUAUGUUGCUCCGAGAAGCAAUGACAGAUCCAUUACUGGAGAAAUACGGGGUCAUAAUUCUGGACGAAGCCCAUGAACGGACACUGGCUACAGACAUUUUAAUGGGAUUGCUAAAAGAAGUUGUGAAAAAUAGACCGGAUUUGAAACUGGUUGUGAUGAGUGCGACUCUGGACGCGGGGAAGUUCCAGGAGUAUUUUGACAGUUGUCCACUGAUGAGUGUGCCUGGAAGAACACAUCCGGUGGAAAUAUUUUACACACCAGAACCAGAAAGAGAUUAUUUGGAAGCAGCAAUACGAACAGUGGUCCAAAUCCACAUGUGCGAAGAGGUCAAAGGGGACAUUCUUCUCUUUUUAACUGGUCAAGAAGAGAUCGAAGAAGCUUGCAAGCGACUGGGAAAAGAAGUGGACAACCUGGGACCUGAUGUGGGCCUACUCAGCACUAUUCCGCUCUAUUCAACAUUACCUCCAAAUCUGCAACAGAGAAUUUUUGAGCCCCCUCCGGCCGACAGACCGAACGGGGCCAUUGGCAGAAAGUGUGUCAUUUCUACUAACAUCGCCGAGACUUCGCUUACAAUUGACGGCGUCGUGUUUGUGAUUGAUCCGGGAUUCUCAAAACAGAAGGUGUACAACCCGCGCAUCAGGGUCGAGUCUCUUUUGGUCUCGCCAAUCAGUAAAGCGUCGGCCCAGCAGAGAGCGGGUAGAGCGGGACGAACUAAGCCGGGCAAGUGUUUCCGGCUGUAUACUGAGAAUGCGUACAAGAGUGAAAUGCAAGAAAACACUUACCCAGAGAUCUUGAGGUCUAAUUUGGGAAUGGUUGUGCUGCAAUUAAAGAAAUUGGGAAUUGAUGAUUUGGUUCAUUUUGACUUCAUGGACCCUCCUGCUCCCGAAACUCUAAUGCGGGCCCUGGAACUCCUAAACUACCUUAAUGCCCUGGACGAUAACGGCGACCUGACUCCCCUAGGAAGCAUGAUGGCAGAGUUUCCUCUGGACCCACAACUGGCAAAGAUGUUAAUCGCUUCUGCGGACUACAACUGUUCCAAUGAGAUUCUAUCUAUAGUAUCAAUGCUCUCAGUUCCUCAAUGCUUUACAAGACCGAAUGAGUUGAAAAAAGCAGCAGAUGAAGCGAAAAUGAGGUUCGCUCACAUUGAUGGGGAUCACUUGACGUUGUUGAAUGUGUAUCAUGCGUUUAAGCAGAAUCAUGACGAUCCUCAGUGGUGUUACGAUAACUUCAUUAACUACAGGACUCUGAAAUCAGCGGACAAUGUGAGACUUCAGCUGGCUAGAAUCAUGGACCGGUUUGAACUAAAGAGGGCGAGCACUGACUUCGCCAGUCGAGAUUACUACAUCAACAUCCGCAAGGCACUCGUCACUGGAUUCUUCAUGCAGACUGCUCAUUUGCAGAGAAGUGGACACUACUUGACCGUUAAGGACAAUCAGGUGGUCCAGCUGCAUCCGUCCACAUGUCUGGACCACAAGCCAGAUUGGGUAGUCUACAACGAGUUUGUGCUCACCACCAAGAACUACAUCAGAACAGUGACUGACGCCAAACCAGAGUGGCUAGUCUCUAUUGCGCCACAGUACUUUGACAUGGGAAACUUCCCAGAGGGCGACUCGAAAAAAGCCCUGAGCAGAAUUAUUCAGAAAAUGGAAGCGCAAGAGGGCAAAUUUUGAGAGAUAAUUGACUAAAGAAAAAACUGUUUGUUCGUUGGACUUUUUUUAAAAACGGAACAGAGUUUGGGUUCUGAGUUGUGUCCAAAUGAUAAUUUUUUUAGGUCUAAUGGCUGACACAAUUGAAGAAAAUUGUAGGUAGCAGUUAUUUUUCCGAGGAAGAUUUUUUUGCAAAAUGUUUCAAUUUUUGGUAUAUUUUGGAAUUCAUUAUUGCUGGUGGUAUGUAAACCAGUCGUCAUAAACCAGCUACUACAUAAAUAAGUCAUUAAACAAUUAUGUAACAGAUACUAAAAACAAAUAAACCUCAACACAAACUAUAUGAAUUUCGGCUGGUUUUUAUAUCCCCCAUACUUUCGGUCGUUUUCACUUCGGCUGGUUUAUUGACUAUCCAUUGUUGCUAUGGGUGAUGUUUUUGAUUUUUCGUUCAUUGAGUUUGAAAUAUCUAAAGUCGCUAUAAUUUACAACUAGUCGGAAGACGCGCAGAUAAGUUUUGAGCAGAUAAGUGUUGUCACUUCAUUUUGAAGAUUUCAAUUUGUUGGAUUAGAAAACUGAUGGUAAAUGUGAUUUAAUAAUUACAGAGAAGAAAAUUAUAAUUUGAUUGACAUCA